GUUCACUCACGAGCCAACACUAGAAGACUGGGUAGGGAGUCAAAAGUUGCAACUUCUGCACAUUAUAAACAUAAACAGUAUAAUCGCAACAUGGAUCCUUUGAGUUACAGGGACUGUGAGGCUUGGAGAGCUGAGGGCCUUCCAUUGUCCACAAGCAGUAAUGAGGCGUGCAAACUUUAUGAUGCAAUGCUCACUCAGUAUGUGACCUGGCGCAACAUUGAAAGUAUUGGAGGACUUGAGGGCUGCAUGACUAAAAUCAAGGCGGCUGAUCCGGAUUUUGUGAUGGGCCAUGUGGUGAGCACGGGUUUAGAACUGUUGGGAACAGCGACCUCUCCCCGCCUGGACCAACGUCUGGCCAGCGCUGUGAAGAAAACCGUGGAACUUGCCAACAGUCAAAACCUCACCCCAAGAGAGAGGCUCCACGUCAAGGCCUUGGAGCUUUUCUCACAUGGGAAUUUCCCCAAAGCCAGUGAUGUUUGGGAAGAUAUCCUGGUUGAUCACCCCACAGACUUGCUUGCCCUCAAGUUUGCCCAUGAUAGCUAUUUCUACACGGGAGCCCAAACCCAGAUGAGAGAUUCAGUUGCUCGAGUGCUGCCCCACUGGAAGCCUCAUUUCCCUUUAGCCAGCUAUCUGAAAGGACUUUAUUCUUUUGGUCUGCUGGAGACGCAUUUCUAUGACCAGGCCGAGAAAGUAGCGAUGGAGGGCCUUGCACUGGUUCCUGAUGACGCGUGGUCCGUCCACUCUGUUGCCCAUGUGUAUGAGAUGACAGCAGAGGUGGACAAAGGCCUGAAGUUCAUGGAAGGCAGAGAGAAAGCCUGGCAGAUAUCUGACAUGCUGGCCACUCACAACUACUGGCACUGGGCCCUCUACUUCAUUGAAAAGGGGCAAUACGAGGCGGCACUGCAAAUAUUCGAUUCUCAGAUAUUGAAACGUUGUAAAGCCAAUGGAUCCAUGUUGGACAUAGUAGAUGGCAGCUCCCUGCUCAGCAGACUAGAGAUGGAGGGUGUGUUUGUGAAGGACCGCUACCAAGAGCUGCUCCAGGUAACGCUGCCUCACACUGAUGACCACGUAACCCUUUUUAAUGACCUCCACAUCCUCAUGGUGUCCCUGGGAGCGAGAGAGACUGCCGCUUCUCAGCGUCUGCUGGAAGGCCUCCAGGAAUUGGCUAAGACACCGGGUGACAACUACCAACAUGAAAUGGCUACACCCAUAGGGGUGCCGAUGUGUCAAGCCCUGAUGGAAUAUGACAAAGGAAACUACGAUCGAACUGUGGAGUUACUUCAUCCUUUGCGCUACAGUAUAGUGUCGAUAGGGGGCAGCGAUGCACAGAGAGAUGUCUUCAAUCAACUGCUUAUCCAUGCAGCAUUGAAAUCGAAGAAUAAGCACUACCAGAGACUGAGCAGAUGUCUUCUGGUGGAGCGUGAUGCAGUGAGGCCAAACUCCCCUAUGACUGAUCGUCUGAUGCAAAGAGCCAUGGCGCUUCACUAGUAGACUGAUUGCAAGAAGCACACAACACUGCUUAAUCUGGGCUCCCAUGUUUGAUUUCAAGACACCUUGGACCUUCUGUUAAAGUGGCAGACCUUUUGGGAGCUAAGUCCUUUUAUUCAGGGAUCUGUGUCCUGACAUUUUUAUCCAAUUCCUGAAAAACAUGCAUUUUUUUGCAAAUGAGUUCACCCGACAAUGUAAAAUAUAUUAAAGCAUAUCUGGGGACAAGCGGUACAGAAUGUAUGUCAAAGUCAAA